CUUGAUUAUCCGGUACAGGAAAAAGUAUUGCAAACCAGCACUUCCAUCACAAUAAUGGGAUCAGUCGACGUUGUUGGACCACUUUUCCAGCCUUUGCGCGUGGGUGCUUUAUCUUUAAACCACCGCGUUGUUCUGGCCCCUCUUACUCGUAUGCGAUCAACAAAGGAGUCAGAUGGAGUUUAUGUACCCAAUGAUCUCAAUGUCGAAUACUAUUCUCAGCGCGCUUCGCCUGGGGGUCUGAUGCUUACAGAGGCAACUCCGAUUAGUCGAUUGGCCGCUGGGUAUCCCGGUGUCCCUGGCAUCUUCACUGCCUCUCAAAUCGCUGGUUGGAAAAAAGUCACCGAUGCGGUACACGCUAAGGGAGGAUAUAUAUACCUCCAACUCUGGCAUGUUGGUAGAGCAACUGUUCCGUCUUUUCUAGACGGGAAUCAAGUCUUGGGCGCCAGCGAUAUUCCAAUCAUUGGGAAGGCACUUGAUGGUUCUGAGUAUGCUGCUGCUCCUCCACGGCCUAUGACCGUGGAGGAAAUUCAUGAUACCGUGAAAGAAUACGCAGCUGCUUCGAAGAGGGCAAUUGAGGCCGGAUUCGAUGGAGUUGAGGUUCAUGGCGCGAACGGAUAUCUGCUCGACCAAUUCCUUCAUGACAAUGUCAACACCCGAACAGACGAAUACGGCGGUUCCAUCGAGAACCGUUCUCGAAUUGUGCUCGAGGUGCUCCAGGCAGUCUCUGAAGUCAUUGGCGCAGACCACGUAGGGAUUCGCCUGUCACCAUACAAUUAUUUCCAGGACACUCGCGAUUCUAAUCCAAAUGUCCACUGGCUCUCUCUAUGCUCGCAGAUUGCCAACCUGCCUGCGGAAUUCCGCCCAGGCUAUGUGCAUAUGGUAGAACCCCGCUUCGACGAGAAUUUGGAUGAGAGAGCAAAAAUCGAUUCGCUGGCUGCAGAGAAGCCCUCGUUGGACAUAUUCCGACCGACUCUCAAGAAGGGUGGCAUCAAACUCCUGGCGGCUGGGAACUUUAAUGCUGAUAAUGCAGGCCCAAAGCUUAUUGAAGAUGGGGCAGAUGCUGUUGUCUUUGGCCGGUGGUUCCUUGCUAACCCGGACUUGCCCCAACGAUUGAAGGAAGGACUGCCGCUGAACCCAUACGACCGUUCGACCUUUUAUGGAGCCGAACCCCCUCAGAAGGGCUACACGGAUUACCCUUUUUACAGUAAAUAA